AUGAUGGCGGUUGUAUUUCACGACGCUGAAACACAGACAGAAGAAUCUGCCACAUUUCCACCAGUCGACGCUGAAACUCAGACUGAAGAGUUUGAAUAUAUAUUCUCCAGGCCCAGCGGAUAUCAAGCACCCGACCAAGAUUUCUUUCAAUCUGACGACAAGGUCCGUUUUUAUACGGGACUGCCAUCAUUUGAGAUUCUAAUGGUUGCUUUUGAACACGUGUCUCCACAUGUCACUCGCAAAACUCACUCCCUCAGCAGAUUUCAGGAUUUUGUCAUGGUCCUGAUGAAACUGCGAUUGAAUGUACCCUUUCAAGAUCUGGCUUACCGUUUCAUGGUAUCUGCGCCCACUGUGUCAAGGAUUUUUUCCUCCUGGCUGGUUGCCCGGGGGGGGGUACUCCCAUAUAUGGGCUAUAUAGGUAUGUGCCGCUGUGAAGGGUAUGGUUUUCAAGCAGUUUACUCUAGGAUAGGGUAUAUAAAUCAGAGCGUUUGGGUCUAGAAUGUCUAGAAUAGGGUAUCAUUUUUCAGGAAACUGAUCAUUUGGUUGAAGAUUUUAUCUAGACUAGGUAAACAGCUACUCUAGGAUAGGGGGAUUUGGGGAGUUUACUCUAGUAUAGGGUAGCAAAAUUCAGCUGAACUAGCUCUGGUAUAGGUUAAGGGUUCCAGGGUCCCAGCGGAACAUCCCCACCCAGAAAUUCCUAAAGUACCCCCGAGGCUGGUUGUUAUGGACACCAGGUUGUUUCCUCUUGUUUCCUGGCCAGAUAGGGAGCAGUUAUGGAAAACAAUGCCAAUGUGUUUUCAACAUGCAUUUGGAAGGAAAGUAACUGUAAUCAUUGACUGUUUUGAGGUGUUUAUCGAAAGGCCGUCAAAUCUGUUAGCCAGAGCACAAACAUUUUCAUUGUACAAACACCACAAUACGAUCAAGAUUCUCAUUGGUAUUACACCCCAAGGAACUGUGUCUUUUGUUAGUGAAGCCUGGGGAGGCCGCACCUCUGAUAAGUAUCUGACAGAGCAUUCUGGAUUUCUCGACCAAUUGUUACCAGGAGACAUGGUAAUGGCUGAUAGAGGGUUCACGAUUGCAGAAAGUGUUGGCUUAAAGCAAGCCAAGCUGGUUAUUCCAGCCUUCACAAAGGGGAAAUCCCAGUUGGAUCCAGUUGAUGUGGAAAAAACCAGAGGCAUGGCAAGUGUUCGUAUCCAUGUGGAGAGGGUGAUAGGGUUGUUGCGGCGCAAGUAUACCAUUUUGGAAAGCACACUUCCAACAGAUUUCCUUGCUUGCAACCCAAAUGGACCACCUGCAUCACAGAUUCCUAUGAUUGAUCGUAUUGUGAGGGUUUGCUCCGCACUUAUUAACUUAUGCCCACCUAUAAUACCAUUUGACUAG